UAACGAUAUGCUGCCAAUAAUUUUUCGUUUAACUCUCAUUUUAGCAGUCGACUCUCCCGCUCUAGACUCGGACGUUGUAUCAAACGUUACACACGUUCUACGACUAAGCAAAGUUGUAGACAACAUAUACGACGUGCCUGUUAAUGAUACACUGCAGCAUCUGCCAACGAGUGGAGAACAAAAAUAUGACUCCGCAGAAUUGUACGACGAAUUGGCAUACACCAGUGAUUGUGAGUUUGAAAUCACAUCAAACGAUCUCCAUUCACAACCAAGCUCUCAAGAAUAUGACAAUUUGAAAUCACGCACGGCAUCAGAAAUGAAAGUAGAAAUGCAUGAAUAUUACAAUGGACAAACUGCAUCAGAUCAAAAUCCCUCGUCUCCUGUUUACGAGGUCCCCAUAACGGAAUAG